AUGGUCCGUCUACCUCUCAUCCUCGCCGCCCUCGGCGCCGCCCUCGUCCUCCCAGCGGCGGCAGCAGACGCAACCACAUCCGCCCUCGCGUCCGUGUCGACCGUCUACUCGUUCCCCAGCGGGUCGUUUGUCGAGAACCUGGCGGUGCGGGCCAACGGCGAGAUCUUGGUGACCCGCACGACCAGCGCGGAGCUGGUGCUGGUGGACCCACGGCGGCCGGGGUGCGCGGCCGUCGUGUACAACUUCACGGCCGCCGGCCUGUCGGGCAUGACGGGCAUCGCCGAGUACGCGCCCGACGUGUUCGCGGUGCUCGCCGGCGACUACCACUUCGGCAAGUCGGUCGGCGUGGGCAGCUGGACCGUGUUCAGCGUCGACCUGCGCGGGGUGCGCCUGUCCAAGGUCGGCUGCCGCGCGCUGGCCGGCGGCAACCUACCGCGUGUGCGCAAGGUGGCGCUGGUCAAGGAGUCGCAGCUGCUCAACGGGCUCGCGCCGCACGGGCGCUACGUGCUAGCCAGCGACACGUUCGCGGGGCUCGUGUACCGCGUCGACAUGGCCGAGGGCGCCUACGCCGUCGCCAUCAACUCGACGUACCUGUCCAAACUAGCCACGCCGCACGGCGUCAACGGGAUCCGCGUCGUCGGCGACACGCUGUACUUUGCCAACUCGGGGCAGUCGAUCCUGGUCAAGGUGCCCCUCGCGGCCGAUGGCUCCGCCGCCGGCCCGUACACUGUGGUUGCGCACAACGAGGGCCCCGCCGCGCACUAUGACGACUUCGCCGUCGAUGCCGAGGGCGGCAUCUACGCCGUGACGGCGAGCGCCAACACCCUGGUCAGGGUGUCGGCCGACGGGCGCACGCAGACGGUCGUGGCCGGCAACUGGAACUCGACCGACAUUGCCGAGGGCACGUCGGCUGCGUUUGGGAGGACGGCCUGCGACAGCCACGUCUUGUACGUUACCACGGUGGGCGGGCUGUUGGGCCCCAUCAAUGGCACCGUCAUCAUCCCGGGCGCGCUGGUGUCCAUCGAGACGGAUUCGAGGGGCGCCGCCGGCCUGUACUAG